AUGUUUGCAGAAACUGGCCUUCUCUUCCCUUACCUACAGAAUUACUCUCAAGAGUUUCAACAACUUGAAGAAUAUUGCAUGACUCACAAAUCCAAUGCUUCAAUGAGUGACCUUGUUCAAUCAUCUGCAAUGUCAGAAUUUGAUUUAUUUGUAGAGGGAGAUCUGUUCAAAGCGCCCGAGACGAUUAUGGAAGAACCGGAGAUGGACCUUGAUCCUAUGCACAUGUCAAUGAUAUCUUGUGGCGAAGAUAUGUCGUCGCAGGGUCUAAAAUCUUCGGAUAUUGAUAAUGUACUUCAAAAUGAACAGCUUUUAAGUGAGGUAUACUAUGAGUGCAAAAAAGAUCUCUUGGAAAAGGCAAAUAUAGAGUCGCCUCUGUCUGAAAUUCUUGAAAUCAAGAUUCCUGCUCUGAACAUCGAGGAGAAUACGGUUCAAGAAAACAAACCAAUUCCUGAUGUACUAUUGCCAAAGAGUGUUAGUUCAGGAAGUUUGAGUUCAAUGGAUUGGAUGCAUGGAGCUGCGAUGAAGCCUGCUUUCCUUGAUUUCCCUGGAAUUGAUUUCAACGCGGUUUAUGGCAUGCGGAGGGCAUUUAGUGAAGGAGAUAUAAAGACUCUUGGAAAUGGUAACGUGAGUGUUGGCCAAUCUACUCUUGAGAGGCCUUUUCUUCACAGCAACUGUACGAGUGAGCAACGUCAAGAAAAACUCUCUAGAUAUAGGAAUAAGAAAACCAGGAGAAACUUUGGGAGGAAGAUAAAGUAUGCUUGCAGGAAGGCGCUGGCUGACAGUCAACCAAGAAUCCGUGGAAGAUUCGCGAAAACGGAGGAAAUUGAUGUCAAAAGGCAAUGA